AUGAGGCUUUACACCAGGAGUUGGCCUUUUACCGAGCCUCCAACCCACAGAUAUGCCACCUUAGCCGCCCCCCUGUACCCCCUAACCAAAGGGGCAGCCCCGUUUGUUUGGAGACCUGAACAGCAACAGGCCUUUGAUGAGAUCAAGAAGGCCCUCCUGUCGGCACCCGCUCUGGCCCUGCCAGACGUGACUAAGCCGUUCGUCCUUUUUGUGGAUGAGCGGAGUGGAGUGGCUCGGGGAGUGUUGACCCAGCAAUGGGGACCGUGGAAGAGACCUGUCGCCUAUUUGUCAAAAAAAUUAGACCCAGUAAGUAGUGGAUGGCCUGCCUGUUUGAGAGUAGUGGCGGCAGUGGCCCUCCUAGUUAAAGAUUCUGACAAACUGACACUGGGACAGAAACUUACUGUAGUUGCUCCACAUGCGUUGGAGAGUGUAAUUCGGCAACCACCCGAGAGAUGGAUGUCGAAUGCCAGAAUGACUCACUACCAAACCUUAUUCCUGAAUCGUGAUCGAGUAGAGUUUGCCCCCCCUGCCAUUCUAAACCCGGCCACUCUGCUCCCCGAUUUGGGGAAGGAAGUGCUUCAUACCUGCCAGGAAAUCCUGGCUGAGGAGACAGGCACCCGCCAGGACUUGCAAGAUCAGCCCUUAGGAGGACCAGGACUUUUGACUUGGUAUACGGACGGGAGCAGUUACAUCAUGGAUGGUAAGAGAAUGGCUGGAGCUGCAGUAGUAAAUGAUGACCGGAUUGUAUGGGCCAGUGGACUCCCAACGGGCACCUCUGCACAGCGAGCAGAACUCAUCGCCCUGACUCAGGCCCUAAGGAUGGCAGAAGUAAACGUGAGCAAAAAUCAAGCAAUAUCUGGAAAAAGACUUCGAGGAGAUCGCCCAGGAGCUUAUUGGGAAGUUGACUUCACUGAAAUUAAGCCUGCUAAGUAUGGAUAUAAGUACCUUCUAGUUUUCCUAGACACAUUUUCAGGAUGGACAGAGGCGUUCCCCACAAAAACUGAGACAGCUCAGACGGUGUCUAAAAAGAUCCUUGAAGAGAUAUUUCCCAGAUUUGGGAUCCCAAAGGUAAUUGGCUCCGACAACGGCCCUGCCUUUGUUGCCCAGGUUACGAGCCUUGGAGGCUGUGCAGAAAGAGGUGUGGGCCUCCAUCAAGGAAGCCUAUCGGCCAGAGGACCUCUCAGUGCCUCACCAGUUCCAGGUGGGAGACCCUGUCUACGUGAGAAGGAACCGGACAGGAAACCUCGAGCCACGGUGGAAGGGACCUUUCAUCGUCCUCCUGACUACUCCCACAGCUGUGAAAGUGGACGGCGUCUCUUCCUGGAUACACGCUUCACAUCUAAAGAAGGCACCCCCGUCGGACCCAGACUGGCGAAUCAGCCUCGCCUCCCAACCCCAGCCCCGGAGAAGAUCCUAGCUCCACCAACAAACCCUGUCAUUCCUUCAGCUGUCCCCGUCUUUGCUCCUAGCCCACUGACCUUCUUUUCUAGCAAUGGACAGCGCCUCCUCAACCUCGUUGAGGGAGCUUUCAGAGUCCUAAAUGCCACCAACCCUAAAACUACCGAGUCCUGUUGCUUGGUUCUGAAGAUGCCUCAGUUACUGCAAAACAUUAAUGGGAUCAUUGAAGCCUUUGAGGGCUACACCAGGACACAGGGCAACUGUGAGAAACCCCAUGUUCUGGCCACUGUGGGUGAAGUCUUGCUCCUGCUGGAUGAAGACUACUCAGGGACUGUGGAAUUCAAGGAAUUCCUGGUGUUGGUGUUUAAAGUUGCCCAGGCCUGUUUCAAGACCCUGACUGAGAGUCCUGAGGGAGCCUGUGGAUCUCAAGAGUUGUAA